AUGACCCUGGAAGGGCAUGACAAAUAUAUUCGGUCGAUAUCCUACUUUCCUGACGGCCGGCGAAUGAUUAGCGGUUCUUGGGACAAGACUGCUUGGCAAUGGGAUCUACAGGCAGGUAAGGAGAUUGAGGAAGCACGCAACGUUUGUGAACGGGGAAUAUGGGUGGUGGUGGUAUCCAAGGAUGGACGUUGGGCUAUCACAGGGGGCGGAGGUCUCGGUCAUGGGGAGCUCAAAGUCAUUGAGGUUGAGACGGGAAUCGUAAAAAAAUUCGAAGGUCACUCACGAGGGAUCAGCUCCAUAGAUAUCUCCGCGGACAGCAAGUUCCUGGCGAGCGGAUCGUGGGAUGGCACAACGCGGAUAUGGAGCUUGGGCACUGGCGAACUCGUGGCUGGUCCGUUCGAGAGCAUUGAUUGGGUGGGCGCGGUUCGUUUUUCAUCAGACUCAAAGAAGCUCGCAGUGAAGUCAGAGGCCGGGAAGUGCCUUGAGGUGUGGGAUGUCCACACAGAGACUUUGGACGUUAGAGUUGGGGAAUUCGGUGAAAUGUCCUUCACCUCUGCGCCGGUGUUUUGGACACACACAAACAAAACCAUCGUAGCUGCAUUCACCUUCACAUCCGAUGACGCGACGACGAUCUAUGAAUUUGAUGCGUUGACACUGAAGAUUGUCGGAACCCCCUUCGAAGCGCAUACCAAAAUUGUUCGUGGUCUAGCAUUUUCAUUUGAUAGUACUCUCCUCGCCAGUGCUGCGGACGAUAACACCAUUAAAGUCUGGGCCUUCGAGUCUCGCCAGCUCCUCGCAUCCUUCAACGCUCGGACUCCCGUGACCCUCACUCUUUCGCCCGACUCCAGCCAACUAGCUUACACGACAGGUCGCAAGAUCCAUAUCUGUAACAUUCCACUCGUUAUCCUGGCCAGCGUCGGACGUGCGCUUGAAGCACGAGACGAUGCCAGUUCAAAUAAAACUCUAAGGCUCAAUCGCCUGCUGAAUUCUCACGCAACCCGUCGUCCUGCAGUCCGCUGUCACCAAGCGACAUUGCCGGUCAUAUCGUUCUCCCACAGGCCGCACAGACCUCCGCCUGAAAUACACCCGGAACAGCCCGUUUUGCUACGUUACCUGCGCAAAAUCCUCCGCUUCUCCUCUGGUGCAAUCACUGUUCCUCCUGUUGGGCAAGAUCAGACUCGUGAUCCACUAGAUGCUAUAACUCACUUUGAUGAUACCGAAGCAAUUUCUCCGCCCAACCACUCUGUGUAUGGUGGCUCACAGUACUCCACACGGCACUCCUGUGCUGACCACCCCCUCAAACGUGACCCAUUUCGCAGGCAGUCGCAGCAAGCACAUCCAAAGGAGGAAAGUUUGCGCCGCUCGAACGGAGCCAUGCAGUUCCUGCAGCAGCACCUUUCCUUCCGUAAGUCAACACCCGUUCACGGGCCACUGGCUGCUGAAGUCGCAGCUGGACGCAAGUUUACUCGACUUGCUGUUGUGAAGGUCCCGGAAUACACCAAAGUCGACGACACCCGACGUCCAUUGAGAGAGCAGUUUGAGGACAUGGCACAAGGCCAUCCAUCGUCCGAGUCCUCGGACACUGAUUCGCUCCCAGAUGUGCAUUGGUGCAGUGCGUUCUUCUGCUACUACUCGUGCUGGUCUCGUGGCAGACUGAGGACGCCUCCGCGAUGGCGCUUGGAGAAGGUAGACCCACCUCACUAG